AGUCUACGCAGUGUGGAGCACAGCCCCAGCCUGCCACCCCUCCUGCGGCUCUGAAUGUCCAUCCUCAGGACAGUCAAGCCUCUGCCCGGAAGAGCAGGCUGAGCCAUGAAAGUACUUCCCUGAUUCUUCUCUCCCUGUAUUUGCCACGUGCAAGGCCUGAGCUGCCUAGAGGCACCUCUAGCUAGGACAGGUCUUGUAGAUAGAUUAGAUAAAGGCACCCUGCCUGUCCCUGGGGGUAGGCCUGGUACCAGNGAAUUGACCUUCAAACUCCAUUCAUGCCUUCACCAAAUACUCUUGCCCAGAGUACCACCCAAAUUGGGGCUCCAGAGAGAGGUAAGUGGGGGCAGUGGAGCUGGAGAAUAACCUUGGUUCUUCCCCAGCUGUAUGANCUCGAUGCGGACCCCAAGAGGAAGGAGUUUCUGGAUGACCUAUUUAGCUUCAUGCAGAAGAGGGGUACGCCAGUGAACCGGGUACCCAUCAUGGCCAAACAGGUGCUGGAUCUGUAUGCGUUGUUUCGCUUGGUGACAGCCAAGGGAGGCCUGGUGGAAGUCAUCAACCGAAAAGUGUGGCGAGAAGUCACACGCGGCCUCAGUUUGCCCACCACCAUCACCUCUGCCGCCUUCACGCUCCGUACCCAGUACAUGAAGUAUUUGUACCCAUAUGAGUGCGAGACGCGGGCACUCAGUUCCCCAGGGGAGCUCCAGGCUGCCAUAGACAGCAACCGGCGUGAGGGCCGCCGCCAGGCUUACACCGCGGUCCCGCUCUUCAACUUAGCAGGGCCCACACCUCGGGGCGCUCCUGGCCCCGCCUCGAGUCAUGGCCCCGCCCCGACCGCGACCCCGCACUGCCCGGGUCCCACCCAGGGUUCUGCUUCUGGUUUACCAGCGCACGCUUGCGCUCAACUGAGCCCGAGUCCAGUAAAGAAAGAGGAGAGUGGAAUCCCACCCCCUCGUCUGGCGCUACCUAUGGGCUUGGCCUCGGAAGCUACACGGGAGAAGCUGGCACCGGAAGAACCUCCGGAGAAGAGGGCUGUGCUGAUGGGCCCCGUGGACUCACCUCGACUGGGGGCACCCCCCAGUUUCCUGCCCCGUGGCAAGGCUCCCCUAAGGGAAGAGCGGUUGGAUGGGCCCCUCAAUCUGGCAGGCAGUGGCAUCAGCAGUAUCAACGUGGCACUAGAGAUCAAUGGGGUGGUCUACACUGGUAUCCUCUUUGCUCGACGCCAGCCUGUGCCAGCUUCCUUGGGUACAACCAAUCCUCCACCUCUACCCUCUACAGGGCCCCCUUCCAGUACCUUGCCCUGAAAGCAGCUACUGAGAACCAAGAGUCCCAAUAUCAUCGCUUAGGGGAGAGAAGGCACCCUCCUACCUUGAUUCUUUCAGGAUGUGAUGCCCACUUUGGGAUCCAGUCCUGGUUGAUGUCAGCAUGCCACCUCCACACCAAAGGAAUUUAUUAUUAUGUUCCAUCUACCUCACCGUAAAAGGCAGACACUGCCUCCUUAGCUAAUUCCAGCAGCAUCUACCAAAGAGCUUUCCCCUGAGAACCCCUAUCACCCCCUCAUGUAACCCCUAUGUCAAUGUCACCUUUGGUACCCCACCUCUUUGAGUCAAUUCUGCUCCUUCUCAGGAAGCAGGUGAAGGAUUGGAUUUGAAUGUGAAGAUGUCCCUUGGGUUGCAUCUGGAAAAUAAAAUUGAACUUCCC